CUGGACUAAACAAACAAUAAAUAAAAAAGAGGAUACCAUAUUUCUCAAUAACAAAUACAAAGUUCUUGUACAUUAAGUAAAGGUUCCAAAGAGUAUCGGACACCUCCUGCCGUGGCUCCUCCUCAAGUACCGAGCCAUUAUGCACCUAACUACCCUUUAGGGCAUCCUAGAAGAGAAAGAGGCCCUGGAUAUAGCACACUUCCAGUACAUACACAUACAACUCAGCAAUCUUGUUCAAUGCAUAACCACAUAAUACCAGCUCCGCAAAUUGGAACGGUUUAUCCUUUGCAAAGUUCUAUUCAGGCAUCAUCAACAUUAUCUAGUAACAACUCUGUUAUAUCUGGAAUGACAUGUAAUCUGGAUCAUAAUGUCAAUAUGCCUGCUCCUCCCUCGACAUUGGUUUUGAUCAAUUCAGACGUUUUGGACUACAAUGUUCAUAGUAUAGUGAGCCACAAAAUUUCUCAAGUAAAUCGUAAUGGUACAAAUAGCCCACCUUUACCACCGCCGCCACCUGCAGAUCAAGAUGAACUAUCUCAGUUUGGCCGAUUAGUGUCAUGUACAGGGACGAUCAAGCCUAUUGUCCCGGAAGAAGAAGAUCUCCCUGGAUGGGUUCCAAAAAAUUACAUAGAGAAAGUGAUUGCUAUUUACGACUACUAUGCGGAUAAAGAAGAUGAACUAAGUUUUCAAGAAAGCUCGGUAAUAUAUGUUUUAAAGAAAAACGACGACGGUUGGUGGGAAGGUGUUAUGGAUGGAAUAACAGGCUUAUUUCCAGGAAAUUAUGUUGAACAUUGUGUUUGAAAGACACUAUUUAGUGAAACAAUAUAAACGAACGAAAAACAUUUGCUUACUGUAAACGUCAAACAUUUUAUUUCUUGUUACGAAAUAAUAAAUAAUGAUGGUA